UUAUACGUGUUUCCGUCUCGCAUUCCGCUUAACAGCAUCGGACGUAAGGACGUAUAGUGCGCGCUGGUGCGAAAGACAGGUCAAAGCUGUGCAUCUGGUCGAAUCCCCGUUAAUUUAGUGUUGAUCCGGACGGUCGGACGGUCGCAAUAGAGCCAUUUAACGCGUGCCGAAGACCACAGUUUCUCUCUACGUUGUUGCUUGUCGAUGAUUUGCAGUCCGUAUGGCGAUCCUCGAUAUGAUAACUGCGUUCUGUUACAUUACCGCCGCCUGCGUCACUCGCGACAUGCAGGACCGGCGACCGGUCGGCACCGCAUCCGUCACCAGGCAGGCGGUACCUACCCCGCUUGGGUUGAGCGGCACCCCCUCCCCCAUAGGCUCCGUGCCAUCCAUCGUUCCAGGAACGGUCGCUCCCCCUGGCCGACUGGUGCCACUCCCGUUAAGCGCUAACCCGUCACCGAACAUCCGUACGCCUCCGGUUUCAGUCAACUCCAAUACCGUCUCCGCUCCCGAAAAGAAGCCAGUCCGAGAAACUUCGCCCUAUCCCACCCGGUACGACUACAUUGAUGUGGAAUCGGUCAUGAACAAUGAGAGGAUCUUGAAGGUACUGUUCAAUUGCGUCAUGAACAAAGGACCCUGUACCAGGGAAGGGUUAGAGCUCAAAAGAAUUAUUCCAGACGCUUUGCAAACAGAAUGCGCUAAAUGUAGCGAUCGUCAAAAAAAGCAAGCCGGCAAAGUCCUGGCACACUUACUGCAUUACAAACCGGACUACUGGAAAAUGUUGGUUGAAAAAUUUGAUCCAAAUAAUGUUUAUCUGAAAAAAUAUCUCGUCGACGACGAUGAUGAGAUCAAUAAUACUACGGCUAUUGUUCCCAUCAAAGCUAAAACAUAAUAAUCGAUAGUUAUGUUUGUAGAUAAUAUCCUUUUUAGGCACCUACGAUAAAUAUAUUUUAAUUAUUUUGUGUUAUUAUUGUAAAAAAAAAAGUUGUUUAAUGUACCUGUGUCACUUAUAUAUUAAAAAUUAUGUUUUUAAUACUCAAAUUUAAAAAUUUUAUAAUAUUCUUAGUAUUUAUAAAAGUUAUGUUAGAAUCAUAAUAGAAAUUUCAUAAACUCUAAAGUACUACAUUUUUACAAAACAAUAA